AUGGCGGACGCUCGAGAGUCGUCGUCGUACUCGGUACUGCCGAGAAUCAAGUACAACACCAUCGGUGGUGUCAACGGUCCGCUUGUCAUUCUCGACAAUGUCAAAAACCCCAGCUAUAACGAGAUCGUGUCCCUUACCCUGCCCGAUGGAACCACGAGGUCAGGACAAGUUCUUGAGGCGCGAGAGGUUGACAAAAGUGGACAGGUCUUCGAGGGCACAUCGGGCAUCGAUGUCAAGAAGACAAAAGUCGAGUUCACCGGCGAGAACCUGAAGCUUGGUGUUUCGGAAGACAUGUUGGGCCGCAUCUUCGAUGGGUCUGGCCGACCUAUCGACAAGGGUCCCAAGGUGCUGGCUGAAGACUUUUUGGACAUCAACGGACAGCCGAUAAACCCCUACUCCAGAGUGUACCCUGAGGAGAUGAUCUCAACUGGUAUUUCCGCCAUUGAUACCAUGAACUCGAUUGCUCGUGGGCAGAAGAUUCCUAUUUUCUCGGCCUCAGGUCUACCACACAACGAGAUUGCCGCCCAGAUUUGCCGGCAAGCCAGCUUGGUCAACAAGGAGGGUGUUACGAAUAAGGGCGUUCACGAUGGGCAUGAAGAAAACUUCAACAUUGUGUUCGCGGCCAUGGGUGUCAACUUGGAGACUGCCCGCUUUUUCACUCGUGAUUUUGAGGAGAACGGCAGUCUCGAACGUACAACCCUCUUCCUGAACCUUGCUAACGAUCCAACUAUCGAGCGUAUUAUCACACCUCGUCUUGCCCUUACCACCGCCGAAUACUAUGCAUACCAGCUGGAGAAGCACGUGUUGGUUAUUCUCACCGAUUUGUCCUCGUACUGUGAUGCCCUGCGAGAGGUCUCGGCUGCGCGUGAAGAAGUGCCAGGUCGCCGUGGUUUCCCUGGUUACAUGUACACGGAUUUGUCCACCAUUUACGAGCGCGCCGGACGUGUCGAGGGACGAAAUGGAUCCAUUACGCAAAUCCCCAUUUUGACCAUGCCCAACGACGACAUUACCCACCCGAUUCCCGACUUGACUGGUUACAUUACUGAGGGUCAGAUUUUCGUCGACCGUGGUCUUGACAACCGUGGCAUCUACCCACCCAUCAACGUUCUCCCGUCUCUUUCGCGUCUCAUGAAGUCGGCCAUUGGCGAGGGCAUGACGCGCAAGGACCACGGCGACGUUUCAAACCAGCUGUAUGCAAAGUACGCCAUUGGACGUGACGCGGCGGCCAUGAAGGCUGUCGUUGGUGAAGAGGCACUAUCGGCUGAAGACAAGCUCUCGCUCGAGUUCUUGGAGAAGUUUGAGCGCACUUUCAUCAACCAGGGGCCUUAUGAGUCGCGCACGAUUUACGAGUCUCUGGACCUUGCCUGGUCUCUGCUCCGCAUCUACCGCAAAGACAUGUUGAACCGUAUUCCGGCCAAGAUCAUCAACGAAUACUACCAGAGGACAUCAGAGCGCAAGGGCAAGGCCAAGGCACAGGACAAGCCGAGCGCCCCUGGAACCUCAGCGGCUGGAAACCCAGCGGAGGAGAACUUGAUUGAUGCCUAA